UGAAAGAAAUAAUGUGCCAGAAAAUGAAGAACAAAUGGAAAUGGAAACAUUGUUACGACAGCCUAAUGGGCAACAACAAUCAACUAAUCAGGAGGAAAUACAAAUUUUACCGAUACAAAAUAAUCGGAAAUAUGAUAGGCAGAAAAAAACUAGGAAUAAAAUCAUGUCGUAUACGCAGCAGCUGCGGAUAACAUUAUGGAAAGAUUAUUUACUAAGAAAACGGAAACCGGGUGUGAUAUUUUUAAGUUGUUUUUGUGCGGUAGCAUUUUUUUCAAUAUUAUUGGGCGUGAGAUUAUCGUUACCACCAGAAGCAAUGCCAACAUGUCAAUUUAGACCAAGAGCAAUGCCAAGUGUUGGAUUAAUUCCAUUUGCGCAAAGUUUUAUAUGCUCAAUUGGUAAUGAGUGUUUGGAUGAAAAACAGUAUGAAGAGUAUCCGGCACUUGAAGAUUCACAAAUGGCAGCAAUUGUAUCAGAAAUGCAACCAUUAUUACAAGAUGAAACAUUUAUUAGGAUAUCAAAAAGUUUACCAAAGGGUGUUGAUUUAAUCACCGUAAUGGCUGAUAUAUUAAGUUAUCCAGAUAUACAAAAAUUACUUGUUCUCUGA